AUGAAGUCUGAGAUGGAUUAUAUAUAUGCCAACCAAGUCUGGGCAUUGGUUGAUCCACCUGAAGGUAUAGUGCCAAUUGGAAACAAAUGUAUCUUUAAGGGCAAGGUGGAGACCUACAAAGUUAUAUUAGUAGCUAAAGGCUACAGACAAAGAGUAGGGAUCAAUUAUGAAGAAACUUUCUCUCCAGUAGCAAUGAUAAAAUCCAUCCGCAUACUUCUCGUCAUAGCAGCAUAUUAUUAA